AUGCACGAACGAAUUUUUGCAAAUAUUGAGCUGUCGGUAAUGGAACAGCAAAUGAAGAAUUUAAUUGCCAAACAAAAGGAAAUGAAGCUGUAUGUCAAGGAAGAGUUUAAAAAGAUACAAUUGAGAAUGGAAAAGGAGGUCAUGGAUGCUCAACAAGAUGGGAAUUCAAUGAUUGUUCAAACAAUCGAGAAAAUUUUUGAUCUAACAAAUAUGCAUAUGAAAUUAAUUGAAGAUGGUAUUGAAAAAGAUAUCAACAUGCUCUCAGAAGAGGUCAAGCUGUUAAAAGUUCUCAAAUACGAAAAGGAUUACUGGAAGGAGUUGGAAUUGAAAAUGGUUGUUGGAGAUACUGAAAUCGUGGAUAUUGAUGUGUUCAACCAAGAUUUGGAAAGCAAUUUCGAAAAAUCUAAGGAAGAUUUUGAUAAUUUUAUGAAGGAAAUAAGGAAAAUGAUUGACCGUCUUGCAUUCCAAGAAAUCACUGAACUUUUAUCGAGUUGUGUGUAUUAA